UCGAAGAUCUUUGAGGCGAGGAUUUGACGGCAGUAUCCAGGACUGCGAGUCCCGCCAGAAGCAACCUGGGCUUGUAAACUAUUACAGUACUGUACAACAGCGAUUACAACAGCAUCACCACAACCACAGCAGCCACUGCUACAUGUACCAUCUACUACUAGUAGCUAGUUAGCUAGCUAGUCCUGCACCAUGAAUACUAAUACUGCUAAUGAAGGUACUACCGGUAGAACUGCCGAGUCUCCACUCCUGUUUGCGGACGAUAUGAUUUGGAGUGGCCAGAUUUUAUCGUUUGUUGGUUUUGGACAGUAUGCUUUCGUAGGGGCUGUCAACAAGAAGAUGAAUCGACUCUACAAAGACUACUGUGAAAUGGAACUUGAGAAAAAGCCAAGAAAUGUAAAGGAUAGCCCUUACAAUCCUGACAAGCGCUCUGCAGAAAUCACCGACACUCUUUACAGCGAAACAUUCUGCAACCAGAAACGUGCAGAAUACUGGCGACAGGACAAUUCCAGCCACAAAACACCGGAUCUUUAUCAUGUUUGCAAUGCAAUCGCCAGAAUUGGAAGUAUUACUGGCAUGCAGUGGGCACACCAACAAGGAUUCCCUUGGUAUAAACAGACAUGUUCCUUUGCUGCUAACAAUGGACAUAUUGAAAUGCUGCAAUGGUUAAGAGCAAAUGGGUGUCCAUGGGCUGCAGGGACAUGCAAGCAUGCUGCUGAAAAUGGCCACCUGGAAACUCUAAAGUGGGCUCGUGCGAAGGGUUGUCCAUGGAAUGCAGAGACAUGUGCCUGUGCUGCUAGAAAUGGCCAUUUGGAAGUUCUCCAAUGGUCAAGAGAGAAUGGUUGUCCGUGGGGUGCAGAGACAUGUGCCUUUGCUGCUGGAAAUGGCCAUUUGGAACUUUUGAAGUGGGCUCGUGCGAAUGGUUGUCCAUGGAAUGCAGGGACAUGUGCCUUUGCUGCUUCUGGUGGACAUUUGGAAAUUCUGAUUUGGUUACGAGAGAAUGGUUGUCCAUGGAAUGAACGGGUGUGCCUUUUUGCUGCUUUAGGUGGACAUUUGGAUCUUUUGAAGUGGGCUCGUGAGAGUGGAUGUCCAUGGAAUGCAGAGACAUGUGCCUGUGCUGCUAGAAAUGGCCAUUUGGAACUUUUGAAGUGGGCUCGUGCGGAGGGUUGUCCAUGGGAUGCAAGGACAUGGACGUAUGCCAAAAGCAGCAGAAGAAGCAACAGAAUCGCAGUGAUCCAGUGGCUACGUGACAAUGGCUGCCCUGGGGCCCGGUGAUGAAGGACACUAUAGACAUGAUAUAUCAACAUUGUUUUUGUUGUGGCCAAGAGUUCCUGGCUACUAUAGCU